AUGGCAACCUCUGAAGAAGGCAUGCAGCAUGAGUGGAAUAAUCUUCAAAGCAACUCUCUUGGAAGCAGUAAGGAAGGAGACUCUGGUGGCUCAGCUGGUUCAACUUCUGCUUCAAUGCAUGCUGAAAAUCCUGACUCCACCGUGAGAGGUCCAAGGUCGCAGUCCGCAACAUCUCGACCAAGUGCGAUAGAUGAGAAUCCUAGCAGCACAACACAAGCUAGGCCAUCAACCAGAGAGGCCGGAAAUGUUGACGAAGUGGUGCCCCAUCAAAAUGAAACUCGAGCGAACUUGGGCAUUUUGGAGGUUUCCCAGACCUCCGGGAAAGAGCUUGAAAUCAAGAAUGUCGAUACCAAAGAAAAGAAGGCCAAGAGAAGUUUCUUUGAGCGUCAGAUUUCUUACGUCAAUAUCAAGCUCAUUCAAGUCGUAACAAUGGCUUGUUUCUUCACUUGCUUUGGUUUAGGUUGCAGUUUGGGAAACAAGAUGUGUCAAGAAUACAGAGAGAAUAUGGCAAAGGUGAAUAUUUACAGUGACGAGAAAAACAAUUUACCAGCUUGUCAAGAUGUUUCGCUUGUGAACUUGUACCCUGAAAUUCAGUCUACCCUUGCUUUGAAGGAUCCGAACCGCCUUUGUUCUUAUCAGGAAGAGUUGAGAAACCACACUCUUCACGCCUCGAGAGACGGUCCAGGAUGGCAUUGUCUCGACGCUUUUACUCAGGAGCUCUUUCUUGAGUGUGAAGCCGCCAAGAAGACUCUUUCCUCUGCAGAAAAAAAAUUGAGUUUCUAUCAUGGAUCUGCUGCAAGAUCACUUCAAGUAUUUCUUGCAGCAACCUUUCUCACAAGGCGUGCUCCUAUGGUUUUAGUCUUUUGGGUAUUGACUGCUAUUAUGAUCUUAACUCAAGUUUCAUUGUUCGCGAUUCUUCAUUUUGACACAGGUACCAAUAUUAAAGCCCAAAUUGCUUAUACAUCGUUGAGUGAGUAUACUGUUCUUACAAUUCUCAUUGCUGCAAUUGGGUAUACCAGAGCACCGAAAAAGGUUACUUCAGAGAGCGCACCUCAAAGUCUUGACUCUGGUGGUAGCUUCGAUAUUGAAUACUUGCAUCUGGAAGAGUUGAGUAAUUAUAGAGAACCAAAUGAGUAA